AGGAGAAAAUGGCUCAGGGAGGAGCUCAGCUGGAUCCACUAAAGUUCUCUUGCUCCAUCUGUCUGGAUCUCCUGAAGGAUCCGCUGACGGUUCCCUGUGGACACAGCUACUGCAGCAGCUGUAUUAAAAGACACUGGGAUGAAGAGAAGAUCAAGGGAAUCUACAGCUGUCCUCAGUGUAGGACGAGUUUCAAGCAGAGGCCAAACAUCAAGAAAAACGUUAUGUUAGCAGAGUUAGUGGAGGAUCUGAAGAAGACUGGACUCCCAGACACUGCAGCAGAGAGGAGAAAGAAGCAGAAGGAGCUGGAGGAGAGUCGACUAAACAUCCAGCAGAGAAUCCAGGAGCGAGAGAAAGAGGUGAAGCUGCUUCAGCAGCAGGUGGAGGCCAUCAAUGUCUCUGCUGAUGAAGCAGUGGAGAACAGCGAGGAGAGCUUCACCCAGAUGAUCCGUCUCAUCCACAAAAGAAGCCUGGAGGUGAAACAGGAGCUGAGAUCCCAGCAGCAAACUGCAGUGAGUGAACUCAAAGAGCUUGAGGAGAAGCUGCAGCAGGAGAUCAGUGAGCUGAAGAGGAAAGACGUCCAGCUGGAGCAGCUGGCUCACACAGAGGACCACACCCAGUUUCUGCUCAGCUACCCCUCAGUGUCAGCACUCAGUGAGCCCACACACUCCUCCAGCAUCCAGACUGCUCCUCUCAGAUACUUUGAGGACGUGGCAGCAGCUGUGUCAGAGAGCAGAGACAAACUCCAGGACAUCCUGAGAGAGACUGGGACAAACAUCUCACUGAGAGCCGCUGAGGAGGAGCUGCUACUGCUGCAACCACCAAAACCACCAAAGCCACAGCCAGAGAGCAGAGCGGACUUCUUACAGUAUUCCCAGCAGAUCACACUGGAUCCAAACUCUGCUCACAAACAAAUGCUGUUGUCUGACAGGAACAGAAAGGUAACUUUAACAUUUAGACAGCCGUAUGCUGACCAUCCAGACAGAUUCACCGGAUAUUUCCAGGUCCUGAGCAGACAAAGCCUAACUGGACGUCAUUACUGGGAGGUGGAGAGAAGUGGAAUAGGAUUUAUUCUAGCAGUCACAUACAAGAACAUCAGAAGAGCAGGAAUCAAUUGUGAAUGUAUAUUUGGAUUUGAUGACAAAUCCUGGGCUUUCACUUGUGACCCACAGAAUUACAGAUUUCAGCACAACAACGCACAAACUGAAAUCUCAGGUCCUCAGUCCUCCAGAGUGGGAGUGUACCUGGAUCACACGGCAGGUAUUCUCUCCUUCUACAGCGUCUCUGAAACCAUGACUCUCCUCCACAGAGUCCAGACCACCUUCACUCAGCCGCUACAUGCAGGAGUUAGACUUUCUUUCAAAAGAUCCUCUGCAAAGUUCCUGAAACCUCAGUAG